AUGGUAAUGAGUGCGGUUCCCAGUGACAACCUCCCUACUUACAAGCUGGGGGCGGGGCGGGGCGGUGAGGGGGCGGGGGGAGGUAUGGGCAAGAGCGCCCUCACCAUUCAGCUUUUCCAGAAGAUCUUUGUGCCUGACUACAUCCCCACCAUCCAAGACUCUUCCCUGAAACAUACAGAUAUUGACAAUCAAUGGGCCAUCUUGGAUGUUCUGGACACGGCCCAGCAGGAGGAGUUCAGCGCCUUUCGGGAGCAGUACAUGCUCACAGGGGACGGCUUCCCCAUCGUCUUCUCGGUCACGGACAAGGCCACCUUCGAGCACGUGGACUACUUCCACCAGCUCAUCCUGCGCGUCAAGAACAGGGAGUCAUUCCUGAUGAUCCUCAGUCAAAAGGUCGAUCUGAUUCAUUUGAGAAAAAUCACCAGGGAGCAAGGAAAAGAAAUGGCGACCGAACACAAUAUUCCUUAUAUAGAAACCAGUGCCAAGGACCCACCUCUCAACGUUGAAGAAGCCUUCCACGACCUGGUUAGAGUAAUUAGGCAACAGAUUCCAGGAAAAAAAAGCCAGACAAAGAAGAAGAAAACCAAACGUUGGGGAGACCAGGUCACAGGUACCCACAAACUGCAGUGUGUGAUAUGGUGA